AUGGAGCAGGCGACGCCCCUGCUGAACACGCCGAGUGAUUUUAAUCACCAAGCGAACGGCUUGGAGUUUUCCUGGCGAAGCGAGUCCAGAUGGCGGAGCCUCACACAGAGGUUGCUCAAUUUGACCUGGCUUUACCACAUACUACCUCGGUAUAUCCAACCGGGAGGACGAGCUGAGUAUCGCAAAGACAAGCCGCAUCCGACGGCAUACCUCGACGCCGUGCGAGGCUACGCGGCAGUCAUCGUCUUCUACUACCACGGCUGGGGCAGUACAACACUUUGGUUCCUGAAGCUCCCUCUCAUCCGCACAUUCGUCUCGGGCGGUCCCGGCAUGGUGGCGAUAUUCUUCAUCAUCUCCGGCUACGUCCUCAGCUACCGAGUUCUGAAGCUGAUACGCAACAAGGAAAGCGCACUGCUUCUCGACGCCCUCUCAUCGUCAGUGUUUCGCCGCUGGCUGCGGCUUUACGGCUCGACAGCCAUCGCCACCUUUGUCGCCGCCCUCCUCGUGUCGCCGGGCUGGCGCGUGCCGCUCCCGGAGCUCGUGCAACCGACAUUCCUGGGCCAGAUGUGGAAUUGGUUCCUGUCUACCAUCAUCUUCAGUAAUCCGUUUGCGAACGUGGAGGGGUGGAUUCAUGAGGGCGUGCUCUAUACGCCGUACCUGGGUCAGAUGUGGACGAUCCCGGUCGAAUUUCGAGGCAGUAUCGUCCUCUUCUGCUUCUGCAUAUCAGCUGCUAAGCUGUCACUUCGCGCUCGCAUGAUCUACCUCUGGCUUGUUGUGGCGCUUAGCUACUACUGGAGAUCCGUUUACGUUGCAGAGUUUCUCUACGGCAUGUUCAUUGCAGAGCUGUCUUUCAGUCGGCAUCCUGAACGAUUAGGUCGGCCCGUACUCCCAACAGGAGAGAAUGAGAAGCCCCUGUCAAGACAACUGAAACUGUGGCGACUCUCACGAACAAUUGCGUCUCCGAUUGGCUCUUCCGUCGCUCUGGUCAUCGGUCUCUUGCUCCUCGGACAGCCCGACCCCCCAGACUUGGGCAUGAACGGGCCGUUCCCCUUCCCGUAUCUCGUCCACUUCAUCCCACCUUGGUAUGGAGACGCAGCAUACACAUUCUGGCUGAGUAUCGGCGCCUUCCUGGUGGUCAUCGCUCUCGAUUCCUCCCCUACCCUGCAGAAGCCAUUCACCUGGAGUUUCUCGCAGUACAUCGGAGAUCUGUCCUUCGGAAUCUACGCCAUGCAUACGAUUUGGAUCGAUGCUCUCUACAAGAAACACUUGCUUUACUGGCAGGCAUUGUACCUUGGAGAUUCGUACCCCGCGUUCAUUCCGGGAAUCUUGAUUGUCACCAUUUGUAUAUUGUGGUCUGCCGACUACUUUCGGCGGGCGGAUCGUAUGGUCGUGAAUGCUGGCAGAUGGCUGCAGACGAAGACUUUUCGAAAAUGGCAAUAA